CGUGGCCCCUGCGUGCCAUGUGGCAGCUCCUGCUGGCCCUCGUGAGCCUGUACUACCUUGUGCGCUGGCUCCGGGAGCGCCAGGUGGUGAGCAACCUCAGCGACAAGUAUGUCCUCAUCACGGGCUGCAGCUCCGGCUUCGGGCACCUGCUGGCCCGGCAGCUGGACCGGCAGGGCCUGAGGGUGCUGGCUACCUGCCGCAACGAGGCGGAUGCAGAAAAGCUGCGGGCCCAGGCCUCAAGCAGGCUGGAGACCGUGAUCCUGGACGUGACCAAGUCCGAGAGCAUCGCUGCGGCCGUCCAGUGGGUGAAGGAGCGCACAGGGUCACGAGGACUCUGGGGCCUGGUCAAUAACGCUGGCACCGGUGUGCCCCUGGGCCCCAAUGAGUGGCUGACCAAAGAGGACUUCAUGAAGGUCCUGGACGUGAACCUGCUGGGGUUGAUCGAGGUGACCCUGGGCAUGCUGCCCCUGGUGAGGAAGGCGAGGGGCCGCAUCGUCAAUGUGUCCAGUGUUGGGGGCCGACUGUCCCUUUUUGGUGGCGGCUACUGCAUCUCCAAGUACGGCGUCGAGGCCUUCUCGGACUCCCUCAGGGAGCCUGUUUCCGCGGGGGCGUCACAGCCGGGCAGGCCCCUCUGCGGCCCUGUCCGCUUUGCCGAGCGCGCAGGGAGCCUCUCUCUGUGCUCCUUGAGUCGGGGGGACCCUGCAGUCGGGUCCCGCUUGACCUUCCUCUACAUCCCCAUGAGCUACCUGCCCACCUGUGUGGUGGACGCUGUGAUGUGCUGGUUAUCCCCAAAGCCUGUGGGGGGUGACUGA